CGCGCUCCUAGUUUCCGGUCGGAAAAACGGAAUGUGACGCUCUUUCAUCAGCAGAACAUCAACAUGGCAGCGGUUAUUCUCUCACCGAGACCCUGCGAUAGCAAUCCCGCGACUCCUGGGACGCAGUCUGUCAAGGAUGACAUUGAGGAGAACUCCAGUGAUGGCAGUCAAGCCCCCAAGAGACGCAGGAUGGGCUCCGGGGACAGCUCCAGGAGCUGCGACACAUCCAGCCACGAGCUACAGCAGGGACUUACAUACUUUCCUGCUGAGAAUCUGACGGAAUACAAGUGGCCUCCGGACGACACGGGGGAGUAUUACAUGUUACAAGAACAAGUGAGCGAGUAUUUGGGAGUCACGUCAUUCAAGCGCAAAUAUCCAGAUUUGGAAAGAAGAGACCUGUCUCACAAAGAAAAACUUUAUCUGAGAGAGCAAAAUGUCAUUACAGAAACACAGUGCACUUUGGGUCUGACUGCUCUGCGCAGUGAUGAAGUCAUUGAUCUGAUGAUCAAGGAGUAUCCAGGCAAACAUGCAGAGUACUCUGUCAUACUCCAGGAGCGAGAGCGCCAGCGGAUCACUAAAGAAUACUCUGUGAGCACUCUGAGUGCGCAAAUGCAGCAACAGAAUCCCCAAAAGGUUGAAGCCAGUAAAGUGCCCGAGUACAUAAAGAAAGCAGCGAAAAAAGCUGCUGAAUUCAACAGUAAUUUCAACCGAGAGCGGAUGGAGGAGAGGAGGGCUUAUUUCGACCUCCAAACACAUAUUAUUCAAGUACCUCAAGGAAGAUACAAAGUCCUCCCUCCAGAAAGAACCAAGACCGGUCCGUACCCAGUUGCCCUCAUUUCUGGCCAGUUCCAGGAGUUCUACAAAAGGUACUCUCCAAAUGAGCUCCGCUACUUGCCCUUGAACACGGCUCUCUACGAGCCUCCACUGGACCCGGAGCUGCCUGCCCUGGACAGUGAUGGGGAUUCAGACGAUGGGGAGGAUGGUAAAGAAGACGGCAAAAAAAAUAAAGCUUCCUCGGACAGUUCAUCAGGAAACACUUCGGAUGAAGACAGCGGAGUUCAAUCCAAAGUCAAGAGCAAAGACGGCCCUCCUCGCACCAUCCAACACAAAUCGCUCCCUGGGUACAAGCCUAAGGUCAUUCCCAAUGCUAUAUGUGGCAUAUGUCAGAAGGGUAAGGAGGCCAACAGGAAAGGCAAACCAGAGGCUCUCAUCCACUGCUCCCAGUGCCAGAACAGCGGUCACCCGUCCUGCUUGGACAUGAGUGUGGAGCUGGUGUCCCAGAUCAAGAUGUACCCCUGGCAGUGCAUGGAGUGCAAGACGUGCACCGUGUGCGAGCAGCCGCACCAUGAGGAGGAGAUGAUGUUCUGUGACAAGUGUGACCGAGGUUUCCACACCUUCUGUGUGGGCAUGGACUCCAUUCCUCUGGGUUGCUGGGUCUGUGAUUUAUGCAGCAAAGUGCUAUCUACACCCCAGAAGAAAGGGACAACAAAAACACCCAAAAAAACUAAGUAAGAUCCAAAAAGUGGACCAAUUUGACAACACUUGGGUAUUAAUUUCUUUUCUAUUAUUUGAAAUCCAUUUGAGUUUUGUAUGUUGCAUUAAAUGUCAGGUUGUUGUUGUUUUUUUUUUUUUUUUACAAUUUUUCCACUUAAGAUAAGGGUUUUUGUAUUGGUUCAUUGUUUAAAAUAAAUUUGAAAACCGA